AUGGAAAGUAAAAUCUCAAACUCAGUGAUAGCCUUGGUACUUCAUAAACAAGAUUUGGUCAGCACAAAUGUCACUGAACUAAAAGACAGACAAUUAUCCUAGAACUUUCAAGCUAUCCUGCUUAAGAAUAAAUCUCUCUGGAAUCAUGACUUGAGAGAAGAAGGCUCAACUCUCUUAGCAGUCCUUGAUGACUUCACAAACCUUUCAGUUGAUAAAUAGAGAUUAAAUGCUAGAAAACUGGCAGCAAAGGUAGUUGCAGACUUAUACGCAAGCAAAACUAAGGAAGUCUAAGUUGUCUUGAGUGAUCUGAUGACAGAGGAAGUUGUUGCUGCUUUCCUCAAUAGCUUUAUCUUGGCCAACUACAGAUACAGUAUCAAAUCAACUAAUGAAUCAGGACUAACUCCUGAUUAACCAAAUUAUCACAGAAAAAUUCAUAACUAUACCUUUAGUUACAAGGGAGAGACUGAACUUAGAUCUAAUUCAACUUUCAAUUACUGGAUUACUCUAGCAGAAGCUGUGUUGAUAGCUAGAACAGCUGGAAACACUAGAGGGUCAGUUGCUAAUCCAGAAUACAUGGAAAAAGAAACUAGGAAAGUUCUAGAACAGUUUAAGGAUUCACCUGUAACUCUGAAAGUGAUCAAGGGCUAAGAGCUAGUUGACUAGGGAAUGAAUUUGUUUUACAAUGUGGGUAAGGGUGCACUCAGUGAACCCAGAUUCAUUGUUGUUGAGUACAGAGGAGAUCAAACCUAAGAUCAGUUCCAUAUAGCUUAUGUUGGAAAAGGAAUAACAUUCGAUACAGGUGGAAUAAAUCUUAAGGGCAGUGGGAGUAUUGAAGAUAUGUAUUGGGACAAGGGUGGAGCAUGCUCUAUCCUUGGAGCACUAUAAGGUACUCUUCAAUUACAAAUCAAGAUGAAUGUCAUUUUUGCCUUUGCUUAUGCUGAGAACUCAAUUGGAAACGCCAGCUUUUUGCCUUGCGAUAUCUUAACAUCUAUGAAGGGGUUAACUGUUGAGAUUGGUAACACAGAUGCCGAGGGUAGACUAGUCUUGGCCGAUUCUUUCACUUAUGUUUAGCAAAACUACAAACCUCAGAAAAUGAUUGACUUAGCUACUUUGACUGGAGCGAUCAGAGUAGCAUUAGGCCAAUAACAUGGUGGUUUGUUCACUAAUGACGAGGCAUUCGGGAAUGAAUUCAGACUUACAGGUAAUGAAGUGUUUGAAGAAAACUGGUGGAUGCCUAUUACAGAUGAAGCAAGAGAGAUUAUGAAGGGAACAGUCUCAGACUUAAGCAAUUAUAAAAGUCAUCCCUAUGGUGGAGCAGUCAAAGCUGCUGCCUUUUUGGAAUACUUUGUUGAGAAAGACACCAAAUGGAUUCAUUUAGAUAUUGCUGGAGUUAGUGCUACUUUUGGAGGAAAUGUAAAACCUCCUCAUUGCGAGGGCUUCAAUGGAUUCGGAGCCUAAUCUCUAAUUCAUUAUUUGGCUUAAUAGAAAAUUGAAUGA